UUACGUAAUCUGGCCUUCAAGAAGAUUCCUCAGAAGUCCUGCGCCCCACAGUCCUCUAUGACUCUGUCGGGCAUUGCCAGUGGCCUCCUAAGCCCGACCUCAGGAGACCAUGGAUUACCUUCAGAGGGGUGGCAGCAGUGGAAGCAGAGAGACGAGCAGAUAACCACAGAACUGUAUGAGGCUGAUCUGGAAAAGGCCUUGAUUCUAAGUAAACUGGAGUAUGAACAACAGAAACAGCAGAGCAACACAAACGUGAUUUCACCCAAAUUACGGGGAGCAAAAGAGGGUGGUGUGAAGAAGGACAAGAAGAAGAAUCAACAGGCAAAAGAGAAAAAGACGGUUUCUUUGCAGGACUUUCAAGCUGAAGGUGUUACUGAACAUAUUAAUAAAAAACCAGAAAAGGAGGACUCCAGAGUGUCAAACCCAGCGUUAAGAACUGGACAGGAGGAGCGGUUUUUCAAUAAACUGGAAGAUGAUGUUAGUCGAAUUAUCCAAAGGGAGAAAAGACGUGAGCAGUACACGAACAGCCAGGGUCAAGAAGUCAACACAUCCUCAGAGCACGAACCGGACCCCCGAACAGAACAGCUGAAGUAUGAGCUGGAGAAGAAGGACAGGGAGAUUGAGCAGCUAAAGAAGACCAUUUCACAGUGGGAGGUGAAAUACAAAGAGGUGAAAGCAAGAAACUCCCAGCUGCUUAAGAUGCUCCAGCAGGGAGAGAUGAAAGACAAAGCUGAAAUUCUUCUGCAGGUAGAAGAGUUGCUGCAUAUUAAAGAGGAAUUGUCUUCACAGGUGACAUUAUUACAUGCUGCUCUUGAACAAGAAAGAUCUAAAGUUAAAGGGCUGCAGUCCGAACAACCAAAACAUCAGGGAAACAAGAAAGGGAAGAAAGGCUGCGAAUCGGAUCUAUGAAGCAUUCAGAGGGAAUAAUUAAUGGAUGGAAAAAAGAGCAAAAGCGCCACUGCUCAAAAUUACGAUUCUUUUUUCCAUUUCUUUGUUUUGUUUUUUUUUUAAGUUGGACUUCUAAUCAGCCUGCAUGUCCCUCUAAACACACAAACUUGCACACAUACACUCCCGACAUGGCAUGCUGCAUAACACAACCAAAUGAGAUUUACUGAAGCUUUUAGAAGUAACCGACUGGGUUU